AUGUCCAACAUUUAUGCUGUCAAUCGGAUAAACACUAGGCUGAAAAAUGGGCAAGCCUUCCAGUUCAAUGGUCGGUCGUCCGCGAGGGCAAACGUCGACGGUGUCUGCACGUUGACCAUUCAAAAAGCGUCACACGAGGAAAGCGCUCUUUUCGCUUGCGUGGUAACGGAUGCCGGUGAAACUGCCAAAACCGAGGCUGAGGUGAUAGUCAUGGAAAAAGAAGAGCUUGAAAGAAUACAAUUCACAAAGAAACUGGUUGACCAAACCGUUCCCAAGAGUAGUCAGUUGGUGCUGGAAAUCGCGGUCGAUAGACAGCCCAAAGAAGUCAAAUGGUUAAGCGUCAAGACUUAUCGCUUAACAAUUAAUGACACUCAACCUGAUGACAGUGGAUUUUAUCACGUCAAAGUGUCUGACGAUGCUGGAGUGAGUGAAAGUAAAGCCAACAUCGUGGUGGAAGAUACAGCAGCUUAUCCGCCGUUGAGGAUUAUCAAAGGCCUGAACGACACAAGAGUCAAUGCAGGUUCUAAGGUGAUACUCGAGAUUGAAACAGAAGGUCAACCGUCGACCGUUAAAUGGUACAAAGGCUCCAAUGAAAUUGUCGAGCACAAAGGCAGAAUAAUGGAAAAGAUCUCCUCCACGCGGUACCGACUUACUCUGCUGAACGUGCAGACAUCCGAUGAAGACACGUAUAAGGAUGGUCACAAAAUUGAUGAAUGUGCAAAAUUUACUAUGCGACAGUUGACCGAUGGACAGUACGCUCUGAUCAUUUCGAAACCGAGCGAAAACGACGAAGGAACAUACACGUUUACAGCACAGAAUGAGGAAUAUUCAAUUUCGUCACAAGCGGCGCUGAAGGUUCUUAGAAAAGAAGAGGUACCAAAAGAAGUUCCAGAAGUGGCGCUUGCUGUAUUGAAAGAUUUGGAAGACCUCUACGUUCCGGACGGAGGAAAGGCUGUACUGGAAGUUGUCCUAAACAAACAACCAAAGGUCGUCAAAUGGUACAGAAACGGUCAAGAGCUAAUCGACCGGAAGAACACGGCCCUGCUAGCAGAGGAUGCCAAAUGCUCCUUGAUCAUUUCAAACGUUACAACCAGUGACAUUGGCACUUAUAAAUUUGUUGCGUUGGAUACACAAGGAAAAGAAGUUGUGUCAGAAGCGAAGUUAUUCCUUAAAGAGCCUGGUGAGAAAUGCAAGUUUAUCAAGGAACUCGAAGAUCAGACAGUUCCAAUCGGUGUCAGUCUCGUCCUUGACAUCGAAGUUGACAAGGCACCAAAGUCAAAUUUCUGUGAUAUAUGCCUAAUCGAAAUUCAAAGGUACAAAGCAGGCGAUAAAAUGCAGCCGAGUGACCGAGUGACCAUUGAAAAGCUUUCGGACAGGAAGUAUCGCUUGGUGGUCAAGGAUGUUCAGCCUGAGGAUGCCGGAACUUAUCGCGUUGAAGUAGAGGACGAACGCAUCACUCUUGAAAGCCAGGCAAAAGUCACAGUUCAAGGUACGGCGUCUGUCGUUGCACCUGCGUUCAGUGCUGUUUUAGAAGUGGCCAAGUCGAAGAAACUGCGCAUUGUUAAAGGACUAGAAGAUCAAACAGCCAAACUAAACUCCAACGUUGUCCUGCAGCUUGAAGUCGAGGGACUUCCUGAAUCCGUGAAAUGGUACAAGGGAACGGAGAAGAUAUCCGACAGCAGAUUAAUCCCGAAAAGGGUUGACGACUCUCAUUAUAUACUGACUAUUCACAAUUUCGAAAUCAGCGAUGCCGGCGUUUUCUCAGUUUUUGUAUCUGAUGGAAAGGUUUCAUUAAGUAGUCAAGCGACCGUGACGCCUGAAGUACCAGAACCAAAGCUGCUGAAGGUUUUGGAAGAUCUUGAGAACGUCGAAUCAGAAUCCGGAAAGGACGUGUCAUUUGUCGUAAAGAUUGAAGGCGUGCCAGAUACAAACGGUGAGAAACUGGAAGACAGCGCCAAAUAUGCUUACAGACAGACCGACGGGGGUCUGUUUCUUUUGCUCCUAUCAAAGGUAGACGAAGACGACGAAGGGGUGUACUCGUUCAAAGCUGAAACCGCAAGUUCUUCCGCUAAAUCCCAAGCUUGUCUGAAAAUCAAAAAGCCUGGCGAAGAAGAACUCAGACUGGAGGAGGAGUUGAAAAUCACCAAAAUGUUAGAAAACGCGUCGGUGAUCGAAGGCGGAACAAUCGAUUUCAUUGUUCAUUUGAACAAGGAACCCAAAGAAAUUAAAUGGUAUCGAAAUGGUCAGCUGCUUUCUCCAACUGAAAAAAUGCGAAUGCGUCACGCUGAAAACAAGUACACCCUGGCCAUUACUGUAGCAGAAAUCGAAGAUGCGGGAACGUAUAAAUUCGAGGCUUUCGAUGGCGUCAAAGUCGUAUCUUCAGAAGCAGAAGCAACGGUUGAAGCAGCCAUACAAGCGCCACAGCUUGUUAAGGAAUUGUCUAAUAUUUCCUGCGAGGUUGGAGACGAGGCUGUGUUUGAAGCAGUGAUAAAGGGUGAUGUGAAAUCGAUUAAAUGGUUUGGCUUUACUGCGGUGUACAAAAACGGCUCAGAAAUUUCCCCGUCGGCGAAGGUCGGCUUCGAAGUUGUCGGAGAGGGCCGGUGCCUCCUGCGUCUGAAAGACGUCAGCGAAGCGUCGGCUGGCUUGUACAGAGUUAUGGUGUCCAACGAUGCUGGGUUCAAGGAUGAUACCCCGCUGCCUGUCGACAUGUGUCGAGCGACCGUCGCCGGAACGAAAAGCAUUUACGAAGUGGCUCUGCCUCAUGCUGGUCUUGAAGUAGCUGGCGCUUACAAGGCAGUAGCGAGUAACGAAAGUUCAUCAUUAACUUCUAACGCCUCCGUAACCAUUAAAGGUUCACCUCCAAUUUUCAAACGCUCGCUGUACGAUCGCAGAAUUCCUUUCAAGGCGAAGAUCAUUCUAGAAGUCGAAGUAGACAAAAAGCCGAAAACGGUCAAAUGGUACAAAGACGGCAAGCCGUUGAAAGAAAACGACCGCGUUUACACAGUAGCCGCUGAGGAUACCGUCUUUCAGUUGAUGAUCCUUGAGUGCAGAAGGCAUGACGCUGCCAGUUACAAAGUUGAAGUUUCAAACGACUUUGGCAGCUCUGUCAGUGAAGGCAAACUUGUGCUCGAUGAAUCUGAAGCUGCUAAGGAAGGCAAAGCUUUGAAGAUCGUAACGCCACUUAGUGAAGUAACUGCAGAGGAAGACGACAAAGUGUCACUUCUCGUUGGCGUCGAAGGAAAUCCUUCUACCAUUAAAUGGUCGGGCACACGGGUUAUGUACAAAAACGGUCGUGAAAUAAAGGACACGCCAAGCUGCUAUGCGAAGAAAUGUGACAACUAUACUUAUAAGCUCAUAUUCCCUAAAUGCAGUAAAGACGACGAAGGGUUGUACCUUGUCCAACUGUCGAACGACUCUGGCUCAGUCAGCAGUGAAGCACGGUUGAAUCUGCACGGUUCGUGGGGAACCAUUCCCUCGUCUUACGUGUUGAAGAUCAUUAAGAGUCAGAAGGAUGAUGCCGGAGCCUACAUGUGCAUGGCUCAAAAUAUAUACGGCAGCGACAAAACAGAGUGUACAUUAAUGGUCAAAGGAAAACCGGGCGAACAGGAGGAAGGAACUCCACCAGAAUUUGUCAAACCCAUGCGUUCCAAGACUGUGUUCGAAGGUGAAGAUAUGGUCAUUGAGGUAUGCGUGGUGAGUGCAAAUAUUUCCAUACUCAGGUUCAUCAAUAACAGAGAGAUACUGCCAUCUGAUCGGAUAGUGGGAAAAAUUGAGUGCAUUUCAGACGAAGUGUUCUUUCGUCUACGCAUUAAAAAUGCACAGCUGUCGGAUACUGGCAUGUACAAAUGUGUGGCAACGAACAUUUUUGGAAGUGCCUCCAGCGAAGGAAAGAUUACAGUUGAAGCGCUGAAGCCAUCUGAACGAUCUCCUCCAAAAUUCAUCAUUCCAUUGAGAGACACUAGUGUAUACGAGGGCAAAGACCUGGUGGUAGAAGUGAAAGUACGUGGCUCGCCGGUUCCAAGACUGACUUGGUUUAAAAACGGCAUUGAAAUCGUUCCGUCUGACCGAGUGCGAAUCGAAGAACUGGGAGGCAAAACUUGGAGUCUAACUAUCAUCAACACACAGCCUGAUGAUGCUGGAUAUUAUGAAUGCAAGGCACAGAACGUUGCCGGUACAGACGAGAGUAACGCUUAUUUCACCGUCAAACCCUCUUUGGAACGACAAAUCCAGGACACGUCGAAGUACGCACCCGUGUUUAACGUUCCUCUUCACGAUCGAAUUAUUCCGGAAGGAUCAACGAUGACAGUUGAAUGUUUUGUAGAUGCAAAGCCACGAGCAACAAUAAAAUGGUUCAAGGACAAUAUUCCUCUGGACGAAAAUGACCACGUCCAUAUCGAAACUUACUCUGAUGGAAAGUGCCGACUGUCGGUGUUGAAUUUCAGCAUAAACGACGUUGGCUGCUAUCAGUGUAUGGCGCAAAACGAAGUCGGCUCAGCCUCCACAUCGGCUCUUUUAUCGGUUGACAUUAAACGUGAAAAAGAAAAGUAUCCACGAGCAGAACAUGCGCCUCGGUUCAUCAGGUACCUCUCUGACCAGAAGGUUGAUGAAACCGCUGACGUAAAGCUGACUUGUCAAGUGUCCGGUGUUCCCAUCCCAGAAAUCAGAUGGUAUAAGGAUGGAAUACCACUGGCGGCCACUUCCAAAAGAAGAAUAGAAAUGUUCGAAGACGGUACAUGUUCAAUGGAAAUAACUGGCGUUAGGGCAGAAGACGUCGGAGCUUAUCGAUGUGUCGCUAGCAAUAUUCAUGGUUCAGCCAGCACCGCAUGUACUUUAACUGUAUCAGGGAGGUGGCAAAUCGACUUCAAAAAUGAUUAUUUUAGGUAUAAAAACGGAAGGCUGCUUCGCAGCUCUGACAAUAUAACUCUCAAAGAAGAAGAGGAAGGAGUGUGUACUCUGCAUAUUCAAAAUACGGACUUCAGCAACGAGGGGCUUUACCGAUGCGUGGCCGAAAACGCUGCUGGUUCUUCCCAAACUUCGUGUACCGUUAAAAUCUAUUCAACACGUUUAGAGCUAAAACAGCCCUACGCUUUGAAGAAGGACGAAGGGGCCAUACCACAAGUCAUAGAGGCAUUGCAAAACGUAAAGUUUGAGGAAUCACAGACGCUGAAAUUGAGUUGCCGCUUCUCUGGCAGACCUGUGCCACAUAUGGCGUGGUACAAGGACAGUUUGCCGUUAGUACCAAGGGAAGGGAUAAGAACGGAAGAACUUAGCAAUGGUGUUGCGAUACUAACAAUCGCCAAUGCAUCAAGUCUUGAUGCCGGAGGUUACAAAUGUGUUGCGGUGAACGAGUUUGGGUCUGCCACCACGAAGUGUUUGGCAACGUUCGAAACUCCUAAGCGAGUGCGCGAAGUUCCCACUGCCGCAGUUCCUGCUUCUGGUUUCGUUUACCCGUUGCAUGACAUGAGGAUUGUUGAAAAUCAAAACCUAUUAUUGGAAUGCAAAUAUGCUGGUCCAGAGAAUCCGGACUUCGUCUGGUACUUUUACAUGUUGAAAGACGGGGAAGUGUUACCGAUGUCCGACAGAGUGACCAUGACGGUGAAGCCAGACGGCACUGUUCGACUUUUGGUACUGAACGCGGUCAGAGAUGACGAAGGUUUCUAUCGCUGCGUAGCCAAAUCUGGGGGUCGUACCUUGGCCAGCACAAAAGCGACCGUUACUGUGACAGUACGGGCUUUAGCAUCAUUUGAAGCCGUUCCUGUUCCUUCCAGAGAAGUCCGUCAUGGCAAGGCGCCAUACUUUGUGGUGCCUCUCGGAAGAAAACGGCUGGUGCAAGGUCAGGAUCUGUUUUUGACCUGCACAGUCAGUGGUGAUCCAGUAACUUCCACAAAAUGGUGA